AUGAAUAAGUAGUUAAAAGAUAAAGAAAACAAACCACAAAUUGAUAAUGCAAAAUUCAAAAGAAUAGUAACAACUGAUAGAACUGCUUCUCCAAUCAAUCAAAUCUUAACUGGAAUGAGAAAAUAAUAAUCUCCUCAUUUAUCGGCUAGAACUCCUAAAGAAUCCUAAAGUAGAAUAUCUAAUAAUUGUGAAUAAUAAUUACAAUUUGAUAACAUUUUAGAAAUGGAAGAGAGAAAAAGAAAAAUUAGAAAAUUUAAGUAAUGUUUAACUGAAAAUAUUGAAAAAUUAAAAGAAUUAGAUUAUAUCAGUCAACAAAUAUUACAUUUUGAAGAUUAUGUCAAUUCUAUUUUAAAGAAUAUUAAACACAUUAAAGUAAUUAUCUAUAUUCCUAUUCAUAGAGUGAAAUCUAAGAAUAAAUUAUGUAAUAAUAAAUAAAUUAAAAAACUAACAUUCAUCAAAUAAAAGAGUCAAUUAAAUAGAUGUCUGAUGAUAUUUCAUUGAAUGAAAUCAAUAUUAUAAAAGAAAUGUAAAUGAAACCAUUUAAUAAUAUUAUGUCUCAUUAUAUGAAUAAAUGUGAAGGACAUUUAGAGAAAAUUGAAAAUAUGAUUAUUUCUGUCAAAUAACACUUAGAAUUUAAAGAAUUAUGUAGAUAAAUAGAAUAGAAACUAUUGA